GCUCCCUAUGGAUGUUAGCUAUGAUGGUUGUGCUCUGCCUCCACAGUUUAAAGCAGUAAUUCUUCUGAACCCCAGCUGAUUGCAGCUGAGGGGAGAGGUCUCUUCUGCUCAAAUCCUGCUUGUGAGUUUCCCACAGGCAUCCUGUCAGCCACUGUGAGGGCAAAAUGCUGAACUAAGUGAGCCACUGACCUGAUCCAGCAGACUCUUAUGUUCUUAUUUCUGAUUUGAAAUAAAUAACUCGAGACAACUCUGGAUGGAACUGUUUAUUGAACAUCCAUCCUGAUUUGCUUCGUCAAUGUCUUCCUGUUAAUGAUUCAGUCAUCCCAUAAUUUUCAGUGCCUUUCCCCUUCAUUUUCCUAACUCCCCAAAGUCUCUUAAAUGUAACAACGUGGAUUUCUUGUGCUAAACUGGUAGCAUCUUGGUAAAAAGCCCUGCUUUUUGCAAGCGAUUGUAGGCCUUCUCUUCAAAGGAAUGAUGUUUCCCCUGACCUUGUGAUAUUUGCAAUCUUCUGAAUAGACCCAAAUAUUUACUGUCUGAAUGAAUACAUCUCUCUCUGUGUUGCAAUGAAAUACACAAAACUUUUUUUUUAAAGAAAGGCGUGGGGGGGGGCGGGAGAAAGAGAGAAGCUGCACCGGUCUAACUCCUGCCUGCAGCCAAAAGGACCACAGCAGCAGCCGUUCAAGAGAUCGGGGUGUGUGGCUGCAAAGAGCCUCCCCUUUCCUCCCCAAUGGAGGCCUGAAGCCGUUUUGUCCCUUCUUUCCCCGUGAAUGAGAUCCCAAGGGUUAAAUCAACAGAGCUGCAUUUGCACAGAGAGGCCUGGACAGCUGUGAAGGAAGCUGCCCAUGGCCUUUUCCUGUAGGCGAUAGUAAACUUGGUGGUUUGUGGGGCUUCCUACCCCUUCGUGGAUUUUUAAAAUAUAUAUAUACACAUAUUUAAAUAUUGCUAGCCUCUGGGCAAUUUGGACUGCAGAGAUUUCUUGAAAAGGAGGUUGCAUCACCAAGGCGGCUGCCGGCUGGUGCAGGGAAAAAAAGAGGUGCGUUGAUGGAGGUAGAGGAGGAAAGGGGCGGUUGGGGAAAGGAGCAGCUCUCCCUGCAGAGGAGGCAUUUGAAAUGACACAGGAGAAGGCAGUGCGAAAGGGGAAACUGCCAACAACACCCUGGAUCUCCUUCCCCUCCUGCCUGCCACCCACCAGAAUGCAGACCGAGGAGGGAGAAGGGGACUAGAUCCGCAGCUCUGAAACAAAAGCGUUUUUCUACCCAACUGCAUUAUUCUCACCGAAAUUAACAGGCUAGCCCUUAGUAGAAGUAACUCUGGGAUGCCAUCCCUAGUUGGUAUUUGGCUUCAUAAUAAAUUCAGCAAUGAAUUCUGCAUCCAGAGAGAGAGAGAGAGAGAGAGAUCUUUAUGGAUUUAGCAUUCUUGCAUAUAGUGUGACCUAUUUAUUUUGCAGGGAUUAGCUCCUAUGCUUCUAACAGAAGCUUGCUCUGGAGAAUAUCUUACAGUGAAGGACGGUGGAGAGCCUGGGGCCCUCCCCCAGAUCAGUCCCAGCAAGCAAAGCCAGGGAUGAUGGGAGUUGUAGUCUGGCAACAUCUGGAGGGCCAUAGCUACCCAAGCCCUGAUCUAUACAUAUGUAUUUAUUUGUUUAAAUGUUUGUAGACAGUCCACCCAUAUAAAAUAUCAAGGUGGCGCACAGCAGGUACUAUAAAAUCUAAGAUCCCACAAAAAUACUACUAAAUGAUUGUAAAUAUGUCUUUGCCAUUGUAUUUAUAUAUCACUUGCAUUUCAUUUGCGCUUUUGUAUGACGCUGCCCCUGUCAGUUUUUGACAAAGGGCACUGUGGAAUUAAAAGAAACAAUUUCACCUGCUUGUUUCAGAACGCUUUUGAGUGACACCGCAGCAAUUUUUCUGUGAAAUGGAGAACUGGGUUCAGGAUCGAGGGCCAGAGAUCUGUGCUCAGGUCGUGGCCCUGGCAGAGGAUUUCCUACUGAGGCAGCAGAAGAAUGAGAGAUGGGGAACUCAGGUGAGAGGGAAACUUCAGUUUCUGAAGUUUUGCGGGGGGGGGGGGGAUUCUAUCAGGGUCCCACCAAGAUUGGUGGGGAUUUUUUUGGUGGGGAGGGGGGCAAGUGUAUUCUGUAAUAUGUCAUUGGACUUACCCACACUAUAUAUUUCUAGCACUUUUAUACUACUCUAAUUGUCAGGGUUUCCCCUAAAGACUCCUGGGAAUUGUAGUUUGUUAAGGCAGGGGUAACCCAGUUGGAUGGGCGAUAUAUAAGUAAUAAAUUACUGUAUUGUUAUAAGGGUGUUGAGAAUUGUUAGGAGAAACCCCUUUGAUCCCCCUCACAGAACUACAAUUUCCAGAGUUCCUUUGGAGAGAGGAUUGAUUGUAAAAGCUCUUGAAAUCUGUAGUGUGGGUGUGCCCAUUGAUGCAAAAAUGGUGUAUUAGUGAUGGAUUCAUACUGGACCAUCCAUCGUUCUGCUUUAUAAACUGUUCUGUGAUCCUUCCACAAUGUUACCGCAUUAUUGCUGUGUGGAGCGGGACUUUUGCACUGUAAAAAGUGGGACCCAGAAACCCACACUGGAACAUAUGUGGUAUAAAAACUUACAGGAGUUCAGCAGGAAGCUACAGGACAUGCACUGAUUGGAAACGAAGAAGCAUGCCUGCCCCAAACUUUCACUGUACUGUAUUGAAACUGGGAUUGUGUGUGACUGCCCUAAGACCAUAAUGAGUGCAAGUCAAGGACUUCUCUAUAUAACAGUCCAUUGCUUAGACAGAAUUGCUCAGGACUUUCAGGGGUUAAAGGCACAUCAGAUUUGGCUGUCUCAAAACAAUUAACUAAAUCAACAUCUUCUUUCUGUUCUUGGGCAAAACUAUGUUUUUGGUUUUUUAUAAAAGGAACCAGCAGGGCUUCAUUUCUCCCCUCAGAGAUCUGUUCCACAGCUCUGUCUCCUUUGGCAACAGUAGCAUUCCCCUCAGCAUCGGGUGACUGUUUACCCCCCUUUGAGCGAGUAACUACAAAAGAACUCUGUACAUGCUCUAAGAGAUCCCAUCCGAUCAGCACAGCAGUAGGAAUCUCUGCAGAAAUAGCAACCUGCCACUUCCUUGACCAAUCUUGGAACUUAACAUGGAUUUCUGCAACUGGUAAUACCUCAGGGUGUUUCGAAAUUCCUUUUAAUUGCAUAACUUUUCCUGGAAUUCUUUUGGUGGGACAGAUUAUCUCUGGGUGGACAAUAGUGACUUGCGAACUUGUAUCUUUUAACCCUAGAAAUCUCCUCCCUUCAAUCCAAAUAUUUUCCCCAGCAUUUUUCAAAAGAAGAUUGUCUUGUUUAAUAGUGUAGCAAUGUGCCACUUUAGACUCCACCACUUCAGCAGGCUUCAGCCUAGCCUGACUAGCUUGGCUCUCCUCAGCUGCUUUGAUACAAUAGGUUUUUCCGGAGGGCUAAUAUUGACAGACUUUUCCCCUCCAGCUCUACAAUUAAAACUUUUGUGGCCUAAUUUUCCACAUCUCCAGCAUUUCAGUUCUUUGGGAUUUGUAUAAUUUGUUUUCCACCCUUUCUCAUCAGUGAGACUGGUGUUUGCUUGGGCCUUGUCAUUUUGCCCUUUUGACAAUGGCCUAUUUCCCUUGUCUGUCUCUGAAGAUGGGUUUCCCUUUGCCUGUUGGAAUUUAUUUCUAUUAGUCCCCCACACUUUCCCGCCAAAACUUGGUUCAUCAAACCUAUGGUCCCUUAUUUCAUUUAUUUGGUCAGCUAUGUUAGUGGCUUCUUGAAGCGAUUGAGGGUGUCUUUCCUUUAUAAGAUAUUUUAAUUGGCCGUUUAUCGGUUCAUAAAAUUGUUCUAGAGCAAACACUUCUCUGAUUUUUGGAACAGAGUCUGCCCUUUCCUGUUCUAACCACUUUGUGAGGUAGUUUGAGAUUUUAGCCCCAAGCUGAGCGUAUGUCUCCUCCCUCACUUUAGUCACACUUCUAAAUUUCUUUCUCAGUUGUUCUGAGGUAAUCCCAAACCUGGUGUAUAUUAGUUGCUUAAACAUAUCAAAAUUUUUGGAUUGGUCCUCUGUCAUUUGAGCAUAAAUUUCAACUAAUGCCCCACUUAUCCUGGCUCUAAGUAUCUUCAUCUUAUCUUCAUCCUUCACUUGAAAAUCUUGACAAGCUCUUUCAAAUGAUAUAAUAAAAGCCUCAGGGCUAUCUUUUCCCUUAAACUCAGGAAAACGCUUUAAAUCUACCUUCACUUGAGUUUGACUACUGGUUUUAUUACUAUUAUUUUGAUUCUCCAUAGCUGCUAAUUCCAGUUUCCUCCUCUCCAGCUGAAAUUGCAUUCUUUCGCUCUCCUGCUCAGCCCUAAUUCUUUCGCUCUCAGCUUUAAUUCCUUCUAAUUCCAAUUUAUAUUCUUGUUAUAACUACCACUUUUCAAAGUCUUCAGAGAAUUUUGGAUCUCCUGCCUCAGGUUGAAUAUUAGUUACAUUUUCUAAACUCUACUCUUCCCUCUGAGGAUUUCCAUUCUCCUCUCCUUCAGAACUUUCAUAAGUUGUUUCCCUCACAGGGUUUCUUAUCUUUUUGGGUGGCAUAUUGUGUGAGUGACAAUUAUCAGUAAAUUAACAAAAUAAGAGAAAUUUUAUCUCAGUACUGUUCCUUCUGGCUAGGCUUCUCUCAAGACUCUGGUCCCAAAGUUCUGCUAUGGGUUUUCUCUCUAACCCUUCAAGCUUUACUUCCUCUGACCACGAGCCUAAACCAUCUACCAGAACAGAUUUUGAGCUCUCUUUCUCCUUGUUUUGGCUUUGCGGCUUAUCUUGGGUAUUUUAACAACUACACACUCGGGCUAGGUAAUCACUUCACAGAUUUACCCUUCCCCCUCCAGGUGUAUUGUGUAGAACUUUACAUUUGUCCCUAUUGAAAUUCAUUUCUUAGCUUGUGCCCAGUUCUCCAAUCUGUUAUGGUCAUUUUGAAUUCUGAUUCUGUCUUCUGCAGCAUUAGCUACCCCUUCCAGUUUGGUGUCAUCUGCAAAUUUGAUGAGUAUGCCCUCAAUUCCUUCAUCCAAGUCAUUUAUAAAGACAUUGAACAACAACGGGCCCAGGACAGAACCAUACGGCACCCCACUUCUCACUUUUUUUCCAGGAUGAGAAGGAACCAUUAAUGAGUACUCUUUGGGUUCGGUUCGGUUGACUAGCCAGCUACAAUUCCACCUAACAGUUACCUCGUUCAACCUACAUUUUACCAGCUUCUUCACAAGAAUAUCAUGGGGGACUUUGUCAGAAGCCUUACUGAAAUCAAGAUACACUAUGUCCACAGUAUUUCCCUGAUCCACCAACUAUGUAAUUACAUCAAAAAAUAAAUCAGAUUGGUCUGGCAAGAACAAUCAUCAUGAUAGUUCCCUUAGCUAUGUCCCCCACAAGAGAGCCCAAAGCUAUUCCUCCAAGGAAAGUCCAAAAUGCAAGCAAGGACCCCCUAAAAACAUAUCCCCCCAACAAAAAAAUCCCCCCCAAACUCUCAAUUCUUAGAAAGUAAAAUUUUAAAAUGAAGAGGGGCAGUGGGCCUUGGUAGGAGCCAGUGGGGUAUCAGCAGAUGUCAUAAUGCGCCUUGGAGAUCUCAGUUCCAAAAUAUUGGAAACAGCUGGAACAGAGGGAUUAAUAUCUAAAAUUUGACUAAAACCCCUCUGUUUCUACAUGAGAAUAGCCCUGCUGGAUCAGAGAAAAGUUCUACUCAGUACAGCAUCCUGUUUCGUCAACCAGACACCACACUUUUUGUUGCUUUGAAGCUGCAGGAUUCGGAAACUGGUAUACUGCCCCUGAAGCUGGAGGUUCCAUAUGCAGCAGCCAUGUUUGUCCCCACUGAAAAAUAUGACCUAUCCCACUUUUCAGUUUUGUAUUUUGAUUCAUACUGUGAUAGCAUUAGAUGGGAGAAGUGUAUCAUUUGGGGUCACGAUUAUUCAUGUAAAAAGUUGCCUUAAAAAAAACACACACAUUCUGUUUCUAAGCCUUUCUGCUCCUUUCUGACUCACGUUUAUUAAUGUUUAACUGCAGGCAUUGGCCACAGACCUUUCUGAUACUGAGCUGCCUCCCUCAGACACUGAGCAGGAGCAGAGCUUAAAGCAGGAAGGUGAGGACACGGUUUCACUCGGUAAGGAUUUAUUUAAUUCCAUGCCUGAAGGUUUCAUUAGCUGAAACACCAUAAAGCUCAAGGGUUGGAUUCAUCACUUCAACGUUUUCUGCUUCUCUCAGCAGGUGAUGGAAAGGAGAGUGAGAUUGAGGAGGACGACAACCUUGUGCAGGAAGAUUCUGAGGCAGACGGCGCUUCUCUUGGAGGAGACAAUUGGGGCAUCCUUGAGACAGGAGAAACAUCUGGAAGCCGCCAGGGCUCAGAGGGCCAUAAGAAACAGAAGGACAUCUCUAUUCCGCUUUAUGACCAGGGCCCCUGGGAUCUGAAAGAGCCCAGGAUCCAGGCAAGGAUCUACAACUAUGGGGGGUUGAAGAUGUGCAUGGACUGUGGGAAAACCUUCAAGCAGAGCUCGAGCUUGUACAGGCACCGGAGACUUCACACUGGAGAGAAACCGUAUGGCUGCCCAGAGUGUGGCAAAAGUUUCAGCCGGAAGUCCCACCUCAUUGCACACGAGAGAACCCACACAGGGGAGAAGCCCUACGACUGCGCAGAGUGCGGCAAGAGCUUCAGCCGGAAGUCCCACCUAAUCACGCAUGAGAGGAUCCACACAGGGGAGAAGCCAUACAAAUGUGGGGAGUGCGGGAAAUGCUUCAGCCAGAGCUCAGCCCUCGUGGCUCAUGAGAGGUCCCACACCGGUGAGAAACCCUUCACCUGCCCGGACUGCGGGAAGAACUUUCACCGGAGGUCGGGCCUUUCGGCGCACGAGAGGACCCACACGGGAGAGAAACCGUACAAAUGCGCAGAGUGUGGGAAGAGUUUCAGCCAGAGCUCGGGCCUUUUGGCCCAUGAGAGGACCCAUACUGGAGAAAAGCCGUAUCGGUGCACCGAGUGCGGGAAAAGCUUUUGCGAACGCACAGCUCUCGUUAGACAUUUGAGAACCCACACGGGGGAGAAACCAUACACGUGCGCAGAGUGUGGGAAGAGCUUCAGCCAGAGCUCGGGUCUCCUGGCACACGAGCGCACCCACACAGGGGAGAAACCGUACAAAUGCUCCGACUGUGGGAAGAGCUUUGGGCACCGCUCUGACCUUCUACGACAUCAGAGAAUCCUCAAAAGAGGGAAGCCAUAUAAAUGCUCUGAGUGUGGGAAAUGUUUUGGCCGGGGCUCCGAUCUCCUCCAGCACCAGCAAAUCCACACAGGGGAGAAGCCAUAUAAAUGCUCCCACUGUGGGAAGUGUUUCAGCUGGCGGUCAAAUCUUAUUAAGCAUGAGAGAAUCCACACAAAGGUGAAAACUUACAAAUGUACAGCCUGAGUGCUACGUCUUCUGUCUUAGGACAUGAAAGAAUCCACACAGACUGGUUGUUGUACUAAAGGCUCCAGCUGUGGAAAUCACAGAAAGUCUUCCUGGCUGAAUGUCAAUAAAUGUGAUUUUUUUUUGUGGGGGGAGGAUCUAAAGGAAAGUGGGGAAGAAGAGAAACCCUCAUUGGAGGAGCAGCUUCAGCCCUGGGUUGUGUGUUAUUAGAAGUCAGAGAAUCUGUGCUGGAGAAAGGAAUGCAUCCUUUGCCCUGGCUAACCUGGAGUUUCUCAUCCACAUCUCCCAAUGGUGUAAUUUCCAAAGAGUCUGGUUCAGUUGCUGGAAACGGUAGUAGAAUUGUAAAACUGGUAGUAAUUGUCAGUCCCUUCACCCCCAGCUCUUAAAAUUCUGUUCCAAGUCCUAGUCUAGAAAUGUUCUUGAUACAACAUAUUUUAAUAAGAAUGGUGGGAAAAUUCCACUACUGUACUGUAUACCCAUAUAUAUAUAUAUAUAUAUAUAUAUAUAUAUAUAUAUACACAUACACAUGCACACCUCCUUUUCUUGUUGACAGC